ACAAACAAAAAAUCAAGCCAACUUGAAUUAUGGGAUAGGUCACUGACCCCUACCUCUCUCUUUCUUCUUCCUAUUCCUAGUCCUCUCAAGUCUUUGGCGUUUAUAAAAUUUACAGUCACCGCCGUGUUGGAAAUGUCUGAACCCCCAAAGCCAAUAAGUUCAACGCUUGUUAUGCGUUGCUGUUUCAUUUAUCUUCUCAUUUGCACUCACUCACAAGGGUGUCUAUCACAAUUGUGUCCAAUGAGAAUUCAACUCCUCUCUUCAUGGCUUUUUUUGAUACCCUUGUUCACAAUCUUGUUUUGCACCAACCCAGACUUGGUUUCUGGCCAAUGUCUCGACCAUCACCAGUCGCUUUUGGUUCAAUUCAAGAACAGCCUCCAAUUCAAUCCUUCAGUUUCCACCAAGCUGAUAAACUGGAAUGAGAGCACCGAUUGCUGCCAUUGGAGCGGCGUGAGUUGCGACAACACUACUGGUCGUGUGAUAGGUCUCGACCUCAGCAGCGAAUCAAUCUCUGGUGGAUUCGACAAUUCCAGUGCUCUUUUCAGUUUUGAGUCUCUUCAGAGUCUCAAUUUGGCUAAUAACAGCUUCAACUUUACACAGAUUCCAGAGAGGUUCAGAAACCUCACCAGUUUGACAUACCUCAAUUUGUCAAAUGCCGGGUUUGCUGGGCAAAUUCCAAUGGAACUUUCAAGCAUGACGAGGUUGGUUACUCUUGACCUCUCGACCUUUUUCCCUGAAGUUCCUCUGAAACUUGACAACCCAAAUUUGUCAAGGCUUGUUCAGAACCUCACUGAACUUCGAGAAAUUCUUCUUGAUGGUGUAAAUAUAUCAGCACAGGGAAAGGAGUGGUGCCAGGCCUUAUCAUCAUCCUUGCCCAAUUUGGAGGUGUUGAGCUUGUCCAAUUGCAAUCUUUCAGGCCCUAUUGAUUCUGAUCUCUUGAAGCUACGUUCUCUUUCAGUAAUCAGUCUGAAUCAGAACAAUCUUUCCACCACAGUUCCAGAAUUCUUUACAAAUUUCACGAAUUUGACAGUCUUGAGUCUCGGCAAUUGUAAUUUGCAAGGAAUGUUCCAAGACAAGAUCUUUCAGGUAUCCACUCUACAGACCCUUGACUUGUCAAACAAUGAAUUUCUGAGUGGCUCUUUGCCAGAAUUUCACCACUAUGGAUCGCUUGAGCACUUGGUUCUUAGCGAUACAAAUUUUUCUGGGAGAUUACCAAACUCAAUUGAUAACCUUAGGAUGUUGUCCUGGAUAGAGCUUUUCAAUUGCAACCUCAGCGGACCUAUUCCAAAUUCAGUGGCAAACCUCACUCGACUUGUUUAUUUGGAUUUGUCAACCAAUAUGUUUAUUGGCCCAAUCCCAUCAUUUCACAAGUUGAAAAGUCUCACCCACAUAGACUUAUCUCGCAAUUUUUUAAGGGGUUCAAUUCCUCCCAAUCACUUUGAAGGCCUUCAAAAUCUUGUAUAUAUUGAUUUACGUUACAAUUCAUUCAAUGGGAGUAUCCCUUCUUCUCUGUUAGCAAUCCAGUCGCUGCAGAAGAUUCAGCUUUCAUUUAAUCAAUUUGGUGGUCAAGUUCCUGAAUAUCAAAAUGCUUCCUCUUCCCCAUUGAACACACUCGAUUUGAGUAAUAACAAUUUCGAAGGACCCAUUCCCAUGUCUGUCUUUGAGCUCAAAAGCCUCAACGUCCUCUUACUUUCUUCUAACAACUUCACUACAAUAAAACUGGAAAGCUUUACAGGCCUCCCUAAUCUUACCACACUUGACCUUUCACACAACAGCUUGUCAAUUGAUACAAGUGGCAGUAGUUCAAGCUUGUUUUCAUUUCCACAGAUCCACAGAUUAAGAUUGGCUUCUUGCAAGUUGCAGAGUUUUCCUAACCUCCAGAACCUAUCAGGACUUUAUGAAUUGGAUCUUUCACACAAUCAAAUUGACGGAAAAAUACCAAACUGGAUCUGGAAAAUUGGGGAUGGAACUCUAAAUUAUUUGAAUCUUUCUUAUAAUCUACUGGUGGAUGUGCAACAACCUUAUACCAUUAAUCCUACCAUCAUUGUCCUUGACCUACACUCUAACCAGUUUGGAGGAAAAAUCCCAAAACCACCAGAAUUUGCAGCAUAUGUGGACUACUCGAGCAAUAAUUUCAGUUCUUUCAUCCCUGCUGAUAUUGGUGAUCGCGUCGCAUCUGCUUCUUUCUUCUCCCUUGCAAAUAAUAGCCUCACUGGAGUCAUCCCAGAUUCUUUAUGCAAUGCCAGACACCUUCUAGUUCUUGAUUUGUCAAACAAUCAUUUGAAUGGAGCAAUACCAUCUUGUAUAGCUGAGAUGAGUGGCAGGUCUCUUGCGGUACUGAAUCUGCAGAAGAACAAACUUAGUGGCAAUAUUUCAGGGACAUUCCCACUCAAUUGUGGUUUAAAGAACCUUGAUCUCAAUGCGAAUCAUCUGGAAGGGCAAGUUCCACAAUCUCUGGCCAACUGCACCAUGAUAGAAGUUUUGAACAUUGGGAACAACAACAUUAGUGGUAAUUUUCCUUGCUUCCUAAAGAACUCAUCCAGUUUGCAAGUUCUAGUUUUACGUUCCAACAGGUUCCAAGGAGGCAUUCGAUGUCAAGGGAGCGACAACAAUAGUUGGCCAAAUCUCCAAAUCAUUGACCUAGCUUCCAACUACUUCAGUGGUAAUCUGCCACGAAAAUACUUCUUGAACUGGAGAGCAAUGAUGGUCGACAAGAUUAACUAUGCACGUUUUGAAUUUCUACGACUCAGUCCCUUCUAUUAUCAAUAUACAGUGAGAGUUACCAACAAAGGACAAGAGAUGGACCUUGUGAAAAUUCUAACUAUCUUCACAUCCAUUGAUUUUUCAAACAACAAAUUCCAAGGGAAGAUACCAGAUACUGUUGGAAAUCUCAAAUUACUUUAUGUUCUCAACUUAUCAAACAACGGCUUCACAGGCUCAAUCCCAGCAUCAAUGGGAAACUUGAAACAGCUUGGAUCGUUAGAUCUCUCCAUGAAUAAGCUGAAUGGUGUAAUCCCGAUACAGCUUGCAAGUCUUACAUUCCUUCCAUUCUUGAAUCUGUCAUAUAAUCUGCUGGUUGGACAGAUCCCAAAAGGCUCUCAAUUUCAAACAUUCUCUGAAACCUCCUUCGAAGGAAACGAAGGAUUGUGUGGGUUUCCUUUUGGCAAAAAUUGCAGCAAUGUAGUGAUACCACCAAUAUCAUCACCAACAUUGAAAGACAAUCAUUCAUAUCCUGAAUCUGAGGUAUAUCUAAGUGCUGAAUUGGGAUUUGUUGUGGGCUUAGGAAUUAUCAUCGGGCCACUUCUGUUUUGUAGAAGAUGGAGUUUUUGGUACUUCAAUUAUGUUGACAGAAUUUUCUUGAGGAAUAUCAUCCAUCAGCAAGAACAGAGAAGAAGAAAAAGACGAGCUUACAGAAAUCCAAUUCAACCACUAAGGGCUGGCGAAUAGAAGUAAUGCAAGCAAGAGUUCUGGUGGAGACUGUUUUCUACAAUGAAGAAGACGGAGCACAACAAAGGCCUCCUACCAUCUUUCUCCUCUAUGAUGCUAUCUUCAUACUUCCCAACAACCAUGUUAUAGGGCUUAUUUUGUGCAUUUUGGAUGCCUCACGGUGGCAAUAAUAGAGAUAACAGGAAAAUGUUUGAUUUCACAUUUAAAAUGCACUAGUUUUUCUACUUCAAAGUGAAUAAAUGGGUUGUUGUUUUUACUAGUUUUUCUACUUCAGAGUGAAUAAAGAUGAAAAUGGGUGAAGGAACAAA